AUGUUCUCUGAUGAGGAAAUAAAAGAGAGCAGCCUCAUGCGCCCUGGAGAUGAGAUAAUAAGUAUUCGAGAAGUAUGUUUAAUUGACAAAUAUGAUAAGAAAUAUUUGGGAAACGAGCCCUUACUGUCGAAUUCGAGUCGCAAUGAACUUGAGGUACCGCGCUUGUUUCGUGAUGGCUUCUUCUCCGAGGGUCUGGACCCGCAGGCGAGGUUUGCAUGGACUGAGGAAGACGGAAACAUCGCGUCUCUUGUCUCAGAACCGGGGUUUGGUACAACGGGACAUACAACCUUCGGAACGGAUCUUGACGCGGCACUUUCUACUGACAUCAAGGAAGACACGUCGAGUUCCGGCUACGACAUCACGAGAAACGAUCUAUCGCUCCAGAGCAAGUCACAAGUCGAAGCUAACGCUGUCUCUUCGACGUCCACUGGCAACGGUAUGAGUUUAUCAGAAACAAAUACUAAAGAGCUCAACGGUCUCUCUACCACCCAAUCAAAAGGCAGAAGCACUCACAAGGUUGAUAAAGCGGAUCCUCGUUCGAGAUAUCACUACGUCAAGUACGUGAAAAGACACGGACGCACUGUCAAAUUGUGGGAAUGUGGUAUAUGCAGUCGAGAGUUCCAACAUCAAUAUACCUUGAUGCGACACCUUCCAACGCACACAGAUGAGCGAAACUUCCAUUGUGACGAAUGCUCCAAGAGCUUCCGACAGCUCUCUACACUCAGUCAGCACCGUGCGAUACAUUCCGCGGAAAGACCUUAUGCAUGCGAGGUCUGCAACAAAACAUUUAACCGCGUAUCCACUCUCAUCUCCCACCGCAAGACUCACUCCGACGAGAAGCCAUACAAGUGUCAUAUUUGUCCAAAAGGCUUUCAUCAGAAAGGCAAUCUUCGAAAUCAUCUCUUCACUCAUACAAACGAACGUCCGUAUCGUUGCAAUAUUUGUAUGAAAGGUUUCAAUCAGCAAUCGAAUCUGGUGUGUCAUAAAAAUAAGGCUCAUCCUGAUGAAAAUAAUGUAAGUACUGUUAAAAGCAGAAACGCUCCACGCGUACCCAUUCUAUCAGCUACGGAAACACAAACGGAUUUAACAAGGCCGCCGUCUGAACAAUGUGAAGUAUCUUCAUCUGUGGGGCCUUACUUGCCACCUGAACGGGCAAUAUCAAUAUGGCCCAAACCAAUCCAAUGGAAUGGAUCAAAGUCUUCAUCGGUAUCUGACGAUUUAUGGAACGAUUCUCCAUGGGGCAGUAGUGGUGUUAUAGUAGACCCUAUAAAUACUUACCAUAUGGGAAUAGCUCUCGCAACGAGACAAACUCCAUUCGCUUUACUGAAAUCAGAUAAUGGUACUCCAGUUCUUGUUAAAGUGGUUGAUACAAAACUGCCUGGCGGUAAACAGAUGUUGGUACCUGCAACUGCCGAAGACUUAAAAUUUGGUGGGAAAAUCGUUUUAAACAAGGAAGUCGCUUUAGCUACAACGUCAGACGUAAAUAGCGCUGUACAAAUUCGAGUACCAGUAGUAGCGACUGUAGUACCAAAGAUCAGACCUGGAGGAAAGCUGCAGUUGUCUGUUGAGGAACCACACCACGUGUAUCACAGGACUUUAUCUUCUAAUGGUGAAGGGAAAGAUAACAAUUGUUCUACUUCUGCGGGGCCUUCUAUACCCUCUACGCUUCCUCCUCUUGAACCACUUCGUCGUCUCGAUCUUAAUUUAAAUGACCACAAUACACGAACCAGUCGAUCUUACUCACCUGCGCCUUCGUCGCCUCUCGACCUCAUCUCCCUCGAUCUCUUUGAGCCUAUCGGAUGCAUUCCGCUUGGUCGCCAGAUCACAUCUGUGGACAAUAUUGAGCAGCCGCCUCCGUCUGACGACUCCGAUAUUUUUAUAGAAAAAUUUGAAGAAAUUAUCCCGUUAUCUGAUUCUGAUUGA